AUGGGUGGUAUCCUGACCCCUUCAGAUCUCAAGGCCGCAAUUUUAGGAGUCAACUCCAUUGACGAAUUUCACCAAUUGGGUAAUGCAAUUCUCCCCUGGCCUCUGCAAGGACUCCCCCGUGGCUCGGCCUUGAAUGUUAAGACGGAGAACCCAAUGUCCGACUCCGAUGUCUUCUUUAGCGUCGAGGCUGGCGGCGUGGAGUAUUCUGCGGAAGAGGCGACGAAGAUUUCCGAACUCCGCCAAAGAAGAGAGAAUUUGCUCCACCGAAAGGGUAUGUUGUCGGCACGCUCGACCUUUGUUGGGCUUCUACGCCAGCGAGCCAAGGCGAUCGUAGAAAAGUUGAAGCAAAACGAGCCCAAGGGUGGUUGGAAAGAUAUUUGCGGAUUUGACGCCCGCCUCGCAUGGGCCGAUGAAGAAUUUGACGAAUGGCGUCUCUCGCGUGCCGGUCAAAGAGCCCUGGAAGAGGGCUCGCCCGAAGCUAUGGCCGCAAGUUUUCCAUCGGGCACAGAUGCCGAUGGCGAUAUUGCCAUGGACGGCGACGAAAAGGAAGGCGACUCUGUGACAUUCAUCACGCGGGGCGUCUGUAUUAAGAAACGGUGCGAGAGGCACAAACAAUGGAUGAAAGUACAGCAACAGGAUAUCAUCUUCGAACAGGAUGCCGCGGAGCAGGACCUUGUCCGGUUGGAACAGGAAGCACGGUCGGUGGCAGAGCGAGCUGUGCUUCGAAAAUGGGCCGAGAAGGAAAAUGCGCCUUCGUUCGCUCAGUGA